CAGCUGUCAUUAGUUCAUUCCGCUGAGGAGAGUUCAACAUGUCUUUAAACAGGUCAGCCAACGACCGCAAGAGCUUCACGAACCCGCCUUCAGUCACUCUUAAACGGCCGCGAAACGACUCAGGGAACAAAGUGACGGUAGUUCUGGGCGCGCAAUGGGGAGAUGAAGGCAAAGGAAAAGUUGUUGAUUUAUUGGCAACAGAGUCUGACAUCGUGUGCAGGUGUCAGGGAGGAAAUAACGCUGGUCACACAGUGGUGGUGAAUGAGAAAGAGUAUGAUUUCCAUCUUCUCCCCAGUGGAAUAAUCAGCACCAAAUGCACAUCAUUCAUCGGUAAUGGGGUCGUCAUUCAUCUUCCAGGACUAUUUGAAGAGAUUGACAAGAAUGAGAAAAAAGGUUUGAAAGGAUGGGAAAAAAGACUCAUCAUCUCUGAUCGAGCUCACAUAGUGUUUGACUUUCAUCAGGCCGUUGAUGGACUUCAGGAGACGCAGAGACAAGCUCAAGAGGGCAAAAACAUAGGAACAACUAAAAAAGGCAUCGGACCGACUUACGCCUGUAAAGCUUCCCGCACUGGACUACGUAUAUGUGAUCUAAUGGCUGAUUUCAAUGAGUUUUCCACCAGGGUGAAAAACCUGGUCCAGCAGUAUCAGUCCAUGUACCCCACUCUUAAAGUGGACGCUGACGGUGAACUGAAAAAGCUAAAGGAGUAUGCGGAGAGAAUAAGACCCCUCGUCAGAGACGGUGUCUAUUUCAUGUAUGAUGCAAUUCACGGAGCCCCGAAGAAAAUCCUGGUGGAGGGUGCUAACGCGGCCCUUCUUGACAUUGACUUCGGAACGUACCCGUUUGUGACAUCAUCGAACUGCACCGUGGGUGGCGUGUGCACCGGUCUCGGCAUCCCUCCCGCUUACAUCGGAGACGUGUUUGGAGUAUCGAAAGCGUACACCACCAGAGUCGGGAUAGGGGCCUUUCCUACAGAGCAGCUCAAUGCUGUAGGUGAACUGCUACAGACCAGAGGUCAUGAGGUGGGCGUGACCACAGGCAGAAAGAGACGCUGUGGUUGGCUGGAUUUGGUUAUCCUCAAAUAUGCGCAUAUGAUCAACGGAUUCACAGCCAUAGCUUUGACUAAACUGGACAUUCUUGAUGUCUUGGAUGAAAUAAAAGUGGGUGUGGCUUAUAAAAUAAAUGGCAAAAGAGUCCCGUAUUUCCCAGCCAACAUGGACGUUCUCCAGGAGGUGGAGGUGGAAUACGAGACGUUUUCCGGAUGGAAGACGGACACCUCAGCCGUGAGAAAGUGGAACGAUCUUCCUCCUAAAGCUCAGAACUACAUCCGCUUUGUGGAGAAUCACGUCGGCGUUCCUAUUAAGUGGGUCGGUGUUGGGAAAUCCAGAGAAUGUAUGAUCCAGAUGUUCUAGAUCACGCAGCGGUCCGUUCACUGGAUGUUUCUUGCCCAGAAAUUCACUCUCACGGUUAUAAACGCAACAACGACUGAUCUGUCCCUCUCAUAUGAAUUAAUACUGUUAGUGUUUGAUUGUUUACAUCAAUGUUUGGUAGAAGUGACAUCACGCUGUGUUCUGUAUAAUUGCACUCCAUCAUUUCCUCCAUUUAAACCUCUGAAACCUUACGAAGAGUGUGUUGUUUAUUUAAUAUUUCAGUCAUUCUUAGAAGGAAGGUUUUAUUCUUCUGUGCCAGAUUGUUUGGCCGGGUUUAUUAAUGGGUUUUGUCUGAAGUCAGAUAUAAUUAGGUGAGACAGGCCAUUAGCUGUGUCAGAAAUAGAUACGGACAGAGAACAUUCUGUUCCUCUGAUCUACGCCAACAUGAUCUGAUCUCAAGAGGAACAUAGUGCCAUUAAAUCCCCCCAGACAGCACAGAAAACAGCGUCUGCAGAAGUGAACCAAACCUGACUACAGACCGUACAGACAGGGCCGGAGCUGCGUCUUCUGGGGCCCCUGACUGUAUAUUGCUUUUGGCCACUUUCCUAUUAAAAUAUACAGUUUACAAUUUGUUGUGGGGCCCUGCUGGACCUGUGGGCCCCUAGAAUCAUUACCAUAAGGAGGUGGGUGUACAUAACCAGCUAAAAUAUUUUGAGGAUCAUUUUCUCUGAUAUUUUUGACAUAUGUUUCCCAAAUUUACCACAAAGCAAGAUAUGAAUAAAUAAAUGAUUUAAAUACU